UUGUUGACGACACAUUUGUGAACCGGUAGUUUAUUGGAGUUUAUUUGACCUGAACAAACAAAGGAAGAGGGAAAUAUGCGUGGAUGAUCUCAGGCCGCUGGAGUGGCUUCCUUUCAUCAUGGCGAGCACAUCGCUACUGAGGGCAGCUUGUGUUGUGAUGGUGAUCACUGGUGCGUAUUUGCAGAAAAAGGAUGUUACCUUCACUUCUUUAAAAGCAUCCGUGUCUGGCUGCAACAGAGGGCUCUACGAGAGAGUGAUUGAUACCCUCUGCCUGGAUGAGUUCAAGUUCGACAUGGGGUCAGUGCACCGCAGUCUGUGGUGCAGCUGGCCGGACACCAGAGAGAUCUACGAGGGACUGACCAAUUGUACCUACCAGGUGGCAGUGAGAAUGGGCUGCUUCUGGCCGGAUCAGAUUGUUGACCACUUCUUUGUGCGAAUCCACCAAAGCUACUUCCACGACUGCAUGUUGACCGGCCGGCUCAUCCACGACCCGCCUGCCAGUGUCCUUGCGCCGUUCAUCGGUGUGCCGGUAUUGAUCACCCUUUUUGUGACUGCUCUUGUGGUGUGGAGGAGUAAACGCACAGAGGGCGUUUUAUAGAGACAAACGUAGAGAUACGCAACAAAAAUAUAAACACAACACUUUUUUUGCUCCCAUUUUUCUUGGGCAUUUUCCUUCUUCAGUGAGCACUCACAAUUUAAUAUUCAUCAUUACACGGCCUUAGGUUGGCCACAAUAAAAGGCCACUCUUUACUCUUACUCUUUCCACUGAAGAUUUGGGAAUGGUAAAUCUGGAUUAUUCUACAUUGCAAUUUGAAUUUGCGCCCUCACUCUAUACUGUUUUUUAAUGAAUUCAUUAAUGAAUGAAUACAUUUCUCUUUUGUGGUUGAAUUAUUAUUUUACCAUUAUUAUGCCAUCAGUGACGAAAAAUGCAUACUUAACCAAAUUGUAUGUAUUAUUGGCAUAAAUGAAGCAUUCUAAGCAUAAAAAUGGCUGAGAAUGGCUUAGGGUGACAGAGCCUUCUCCAUCGCUGACCCCCCCAGAACUCUUUGCCCCAUUCACUCCCUGCUUGCCCUGACCUUCCCACCUUCAAAAAACAACUCAAAACCCACCUGUCUAAAUCUGUUUUUAAUGUCUAACUUUUUAUACCUGACUGCUGUGCCCCGCUUUUACUCUUGUUUUAGUUGUGUAUAAACGAAUGAAUGUUGUAUUUUAAUGUAUCUUUUACUCUGUUUACUUGCUUUUAUUCAACUCCAUUUUUCUGUAAAGUGUCUUUGAGUAUUUUGAAAAGCGCUAUACAAAUAAAAUGUAUUAUUAUUAUUAUUAUUAAAUAAACAAAAACAUAAAUAUAAGGCAUUCAGAAGACACGAUAUGUGUGUCAUGUAGUAUCUGCCAUCAGUCAAGGGUACAGAAAUAUAAGAGACUCUGCUCGCUUCAAUUCAUUUCAAAUCCAUCUCAAACAUUGACUUCACCAGAUCUGUGGCUAUUCAUUUUACGAUAGUGUUUUAUCUAAUAAGUUGUUUGCAUGUUCUCCCUGUGUGUGGGGGGCUUUCCUCCAGGUACUCCGGUUUCCUCCCAGAAUUCCAAAAACAUGCAUGUUAGGUUAAUUAGUGACUCUACAUUGUCCAUAGUUAUGUGAGUGUGAAUGGUUGUUUGUCUGUAUGUGCCCUGUGAUUGGCUGGCCACCAGUCCAGGGUGUACCCUGCCUCAAUCCCAAAAGGACUACAGAUGUAAAGUAGCCUUUGAGAUAAUUCUGGCUUAUUUACAUGUAAGUAUUCAUGAAUACUCACUGUCCCUUUUUAAAUAAAAAAAAUACAAACACUAACAGUCAAGACAAACAAUUUAAUGUCACAAGACCUCACCUUUAUGCAUUUACAUAUCAACAUUUGUGAACCAUGAACUUUAAAAUGUAUAUGCCUUAACAUAAAAUGUGAUUUAGUUAUUUAGAAUUUUUCUUCUUUUUUUGUCAUUGCUUCUAAAAGUCGGGGAACGUCUGGGGUAACGUGUUAAACCACUACCUGGAGAACACAAGGCUUCCAAUCGACAUCAUGUGUGUGCUAUUGUGGAUAAUAGGAAGUGCUGCAUUCACUUACUAAAUAUUAUACCAGGCAAGUGUCAUAAUUAUGGACGCAUGCAACUCUAAUUGCUCUCUGCAGAACAGUGCGAUGAGUAAUUAUUGCAAAUUAUGCAAGAAGCUCUGGAA